UAUAAACCCGACUUCUCCACGAAAGCAGUGAGUUCAUCAUUCCCCCCCUAUUCAAUUUCAACCUCUAACAAGUUCCUAUUUCUCGAUAACAUCCAGCGAUCAUGUCUUCGUCGUCGUCAUCGCCGAUGCAGAGUACUGGCCGGAUGCUGAAGUUGAAGAGCAAGGAAGAUGAAACUUUCGAGGUGGAAGAGGCCGUGGCCGUGAAGUCCCAAAUCAUUAAGUACAUGGUCGAGGACGGCGUUUCUAAUGGCACGAUCCCGUUGCCAAAUGUCAACGGCAAGACCCUGGCCAGGGUGCUUCAGUGGUGCCAGAAGCAUGCCGAUCCUACCAUCACCGAGGAUGAACUCGAUAAGUACGACGCUGGUUUUAUCGACGUUGAUCAGGCUGUUCUCUAUGACCUUCUCAUGGCAGCAAACUACCUUAAUAUCGAGGAGUUGUUGAAACUGGCAUGCAUGAGGCUUGCCGACAUGAUUAGAGGAAAAAGCCCGGAUGAGAUACGCAGAACCUUCAACAUCAAGAAUGAUUUCACCCCCGAAGAAGAGGAAGAAGUCAGAAAGGAGAAUGCUUGGGCGCUGGGCCCUUAACUUCUGAUGUGUCUCAAAUAUUUUCUCUUCUUUUUGUUCUUUUUUUGUUUGGUUUUAGAUUGGCUUUGUUUUGACAGAGGAAAACGUUUUGAGCUAGCUGUUUCUUGUCUUGUGUUUGGUAGGGAUGAAAAAUAGAGGUCAGUUCA